CACCAAUCAAUUUUACCUAUAAAUGGGACCAUUGUGGAUUGUCUAUCUCAGAACGAUUUGAACCUUCAUCAAGAUGUCCAAAUUAACAGUCGCCAUAUUGGCACUUACUGCGCUGUCAGUUCAAAGUGUUGUGCUGAAUAAUGAAGAUGCCUCAUUGAAGAGGAUAGCACGUUCUCCGUGCGAUGUUUGCGGCGAUCGCGACGGAUUUGGACCACAUUACGGACCACCUGGUCCCCCACGCUGGCCACCACCACCACCAAUGUUUCGCACACAUCACUGGAGCGGAUUUGCACGAAAUUAUGACGGUUCGCGGCAAGGUGUAUUCAGUGGUGCAGAAGCUGCUGCUGAAGGUGGAGCUCAAGCAUCUGGUCAGGCAUUUUCUGUAGCAUCUUCGAGAGGUGACGGAGGCUUCGGUGGAUAUGGUAGUCAAUCAUCGGGCUCAAGUGCAUCAUCCGGCUUUGGUAAAUCUGCUAGUGGAUUUAAUAGCCAGCCUAUUGACUCCGGUGCAGGUUCUAGCGGAUUGGGAGGACAGAUUUCAAGUGGACGUGCUGAUAGGUUAUCAUCUGGCUUCAGUGGAUCUGCAGGUGGCCAAUUUCAAGCAAGUGGGAAAUACAAAGAAUCACAGUAUUCCUUCCAAGGAAGUGGUGGAAGACGAUUCAAUUCUAAUGAUGGAUCUGUGCAAUCUUUGCAAACAAAUGGUGGCUUCAACGGGAACGCACAACGUGCUGAAUCUGGAGGAUUAGGUGCAUCUUCUCAAAGUCAAAGCUCGUCAUUUGAUGUCAGAGGAGGCUCUAAAGAAUUGGGAGGAUCAAAAGGCUAUGAAGUUAAUAGAGGCGCGGUAGGUAAAGACGUCUCAGGGUCUAGAUUUUCUUCUGGAGCGAAUGAACAACAGCAAGUGCAAUUUGGUUCUGGGUUGACGAACGCUGGUAGUUCAGCCGGUGCCAGUAGUUCAAGCAGUAACUUUGGUUCUGGUUCAUUCGAUAAAUCCAGUGCAAAAUCUCAGAGUGAAUCAAAUGCUGUUGGCCGGGGUGGAAUUUCUGGAGGAGGUUAUGGUAGCUCUAGUCAGCAGUCCUAUCAAGAUGCUCAGUCAGCCCUCGGCGCUGCUACCGAUCUAGCUUCUCAAGGCCAGCAGGCAUCUCAAUUAUCUGGUUGCAGUACGUGUGGAAGAAGCGAAUAUGCUCAGAGCAACGCUAAGAGCCGCAGUGGUCCAGCAAUUGCUGUAUCUGUCGGUGGCUAAUUACGUAAUAUUGUUAUCUUAUAAAUUCUAUGAUUCUUAUUUAUUCAACUGUUGAUAAUUAAAGCUAUAAAGUGACA